AUGAAGACUCUAGUACUCUUAGCUCUCCUAGGUCUAGUUAGGUCCGAGGUGGUGGACAUAAGCUGUAGUGAUAAUGCCACAUGUAUAGAGAACAUACCACGUACUCUCGUCAGGAGUAUAAGGCAGAGGAAGACCGUGAGACUGUUUGACACCUUCACCAUUGAGCCUCUGAACAGGCAGGCGGCGAGAGGCAACCUCGACCCUCUGUCGCGGCUGGUGAUGAACCAUGCCAUCAGCUUCGAUUGGGAAGACUUCACCUUCAGGUUUUCGGCGCCAGAGGGCAGGAGUGACGCGCUAGACUUGGAGGUGCUGGAGAGCAGAACUGUCAAAGAUGUUUCGGAAGCGGUUCCGAAGAAAUCUAAAAAAGAAGACGAGGAAGUCGUCGACGACAAGUCAAAGAAAAUACAAAUUAGAAGAAGACGGAGAGUGAAGAGGAAAGUCUUCCAAGCUUUAGUGCCUCUUCUCUUCGGCAUGAAGUCAACAGGCAUCGUCAUCUUCGGCUUGGGGAUGGUCACCGUGAUCACUCUGAAGGCUUUCAUGGCCAGCAAGUUGGCUCUGAUCGUCACAGUCGGCAUGGCCUUGAAGAAACUCUACGAGAGUUACGGCUCUGGCUACGGCUUACAGAACCCUUACCUUUAUUCGCAAUACCCGAUCGAUUUCCCAAGCGCCUCAUCGCACGCAUACUCCAUAAGCGGAGUGAGCCCCCAGUUCGCAUCACCGGAAAUGUACAGUCCGACCGGAUUGGCCACGCAUGCCAACGAGAUGCUUCAGUCUCAUGACGCGAGCGCUCAGCAGUCGCAACAGGCGCCCACAGUCCUAAACUCCACCCGAGCAGCCGAACGGUGGGAUGGGUACCGGAGGCGCCCAAUGUUUUAUGGAAGCUCGCGCGCUACUUCAGACUCCUAUUCGGCCUACCGGAACCACCGUUAGCUUCGUCAAUGCAAAUGCCCAUGUACUCUCUGCCUCAAAUGCAAAUGGCCAUGCAGAGCCAAUACCCAAGUAUGAUGCCG